GAUGGGAAACAACACAUCCUCAUCUGUGGGGAAGUCAACAGCUACUCCUGUGAAACAGAUCCAAGAAACAAUUUCUAACAAUUGUGUGGUGAUUUUCUCAAAAACAUCCUGUUCUUACUGUUCAAUGGCUAAAAAGAUCUUCCAUGACAUGAAUGUCAACUGUAAAGUUGUAGAAUUGGAUAUGCUGGAAUAUGGUAGCCAGUUUCAAGAUGCUCUUCACAAGAUGACUGGAGAAAGAACUGUUCCAAGAAUAUUUGUCAAUGGAACCUUCAUCGGAGGUGCAACUGACACUCACAGGCUUCACAAAGAAGGGAAAUUGCUGCCACUGGUUCGUCAAUGUAAUUUAAACAAAAGCAGGAGGAAAGAAGUUGAAUGACGUGGAUAGUCACCUCGACCAGUAAAAUUGUCGAGUAAAAGAAGUUCUCUAUGAGAAAGCUACAGCAUCCUGAAGACUUCUCAAGAGCUAGCUGAGUACAUGCACCUUUGGCUCAACAUGCUUUUCCUUCCUUUCCUCUUUCCCUGCUCUUGGCAAAGUCUGCUUCCAUCAUGCACACACUGACGACGCUUUUUACUACUGCAUUUAGCUGGGAAGUAGCUGUGGAUUUUCGUGAAGUCCACUGCAGCAGUGGACCCCUCAGGCCGUUCUGGUACUUAUGGUUAAAUGACAUCCAAUGUGAAAUUUCGAAUCACAUCCAGAGCCGAAGUAUCAAAACCACACAUAUCCAACAUGCCUCUAUCAUCUGGGUCUGCGAUGGUAAAACCAUUUGAUGUCAUCCCACAAACAAUCAAUUUAGCAGGAAUAUUCAUUUUCUGUACAGAAAAUAGAGGGGAAAGCAAAUACAUACAUAAUUAUAUGAAAGAAAAUAUAUUUAAUGGUUUUGUUUUGAUAAACUUUCCUUGAGACAGAUUUCAGUUAGCCCAGCCAGGCCUCAAACUUGGUAUACAGCUGAGUAUGACCCUGAUCCUAGUGCCUCUGCCUUUCAAAUGCUAGGUUUGUAGGUUUGUAUCACUAUACCUAAUAUGAUGCAGUGCUGGGUUCUGAGCCUAGGGCCUCACACAUGGUAAACUACUUUACCAAUGGAAAUACAUCUCCAGCCCUUGCUUGUUUAUUUAUUGUGUUGCUUAUUUAUUGUGACAGGAUCUCACUAUAAUUGUAGCCCAGGCUAAUCUUAAACUCCUUAUGUAGCUUAGACUGCCCUCAAACCAAUGAUCUUCCUACCUCAGACUCUUUUGUUGAAAUACUUUAUUUUUAAUAUGUAUGUGUGCGAUGCAGUGAUUACAGAGGCUAGAUGCAUCAGAUCUCCUGGACCUGGAGUUACUGACAAUUGUGAACCACCCAAUAUAGGUGCUGGGAUAUGAACUCAGGUCCUCUGCAAGUGCAGGGCGUGCUCUUAGCUACUGAACCAUCUCUCUAGUCCCCUGCCUCCAUCUCUUCAGUACUAGGAUUACAUGCUAAGCUACCUUGCCCAGUUCUAAUGAUCAAUUUAUUUUUGAGACAGGGUAGAACUGUUGUAUCCACCCUAAAAAGUAUGCACCAUUACCUACUAUGACAUGCCAGUUAUCCAAUUUGUUCAGAUCCACAGUUAUCAGAAGAGACUUAGCACUAACAUCCAUGUUGUGGAAUAUUAGGUGAAGAUGUGUUAAUUUGUUUAUGCUAUGGAAUAUUUGUUUAAUGAUGCAAAGAUGUGUUGCAUUUGCUUAACUCUGUGAAGUUGAGUUACUUUGUCUGCUUAAAACACAUGAUUGGUCUAAUAAAGAGCUUAACAGCCAAUACUUAGGCAGGAGAGAGAAAUAGGUGGGUCUGGCAGGUAGAGAGAAUAAAUAGGAGAAAUCUAGGAAGAAAAGACUGGGGAAUGAAAGGAGAAGGAGAGGAGGACUCCAGGGGUCAGCCCCCUAGUUACACAACAAGCAAUGGAGUAAGAGGUAAAGAAAGAUACAUAGUAUAUAGAAAGAUAAAAGCCCAGGGGCAAAAGGUAGAUGGGUUAACUUAAAAGCUGGCUACAAAUAAGCCAAGAUAAGGCCAGGUAUUCAUAAAAAAGAAUAAGCCUCUGUGUAAUUAUUGAGGAGCUAGGUGGCAGGCCCCCCAAAGAGUAAAACAACCAACAACAUAUCCAGACUGCUUUUAGUCCAAAUACUAUUUCCUCCUUUUUUGGCACUCAAAAAUAAAGCAUUCAUGAGAAACCUGAA